CUCGAGAGUAUGCUAUCGUGGGAAGAUUCUGUCGUCAGGGACUAACAUCCGCCUGCCGGAAUUCAUUUGUGGGCCAGAGGCAACAGCCGAUGAGCUCGCGAAACAUCUAAUCAAAGCCAUCGUACGAGAGAUGCCUUCCUUUUUUGGAAAUGUUGAGAUUCUCGGUGAAAAUUUAACCGAGUCAACUGCGAAAAAUAUCGGAAGGAUGGCACUCAGCACAUCUGUGACCGGAUCCGCGACGGGAUCUAUUGCUGGCUUGGUAGUCGUUGACAGUGUCAAAGGUGCCAUUUCGUCUGGUAAAAAGGCCCGAAAUGGAACUGAACACGACAGAUACAAGUUUGGAGACUUCACUCGUGGAUCGAUAAGAUCGAUAUCGCAUGCGGCAAAAUCGGGUGCCGAAUCAAGAAGGGGCUCUUCGGAUUCGUAUAAAUUAGGGGAUUUUACUACCGGAGCCACCCAGUCGGUUAAAAAUUACGCUGAAGGAAAUAAGUCAAGGCUUAGCGCAGCAGGAGGAUCCGGUAUCGGCAUGGCAGUCGGAACAGUGAUAGCAGGACCUCUUGGUUUUUUUGCCGGAAGCUAUCUAGGGGGGUUGGCUGGGGGUAGAGCGUUUCAAUCGAAUGAAGACGGAGGAGCAGAAAAUACGGCGACUCCGGAACUUGCGCAAGCUUCUGGGGGGCAAGAACUGGCCAUGAACACACCGCAGUGCGAAAUCACUACUGGCGGUCAAAGAUAUUGCGAGCUACAGAAGGAAGAACGAGGCUUCUGCAAGGGAGCCACUGGUGACAAAUAUGGAGGCGUUGAAUCGUACCACAAGGUUAGAGAAGAAUACGACACGGCACCUAGUUACGGGCCAACUCCUGAGACACCGUUAUGCGAGCUUCAAUGUACACAUGAACAACCCCUUUCAUCGAAUAGCUCGAUCCAAGUACAGUCGGCUCUGGACAGUAUAGGUUCUGAACCAGUCCAGAGCGGUGAGAGAAAGGUUUGUUUGACCCAUGGUGAGACGACGGUGCAGUUCGAGGACUUCUUUGGCGCUUCGUGGAACACCGAGCAUCAACGAGGGACAUCUAUGCCGGGCGGGAAUAUUAAAACAUCUGUCGUGGACGUUGGCAACAGCCAAGCCUUUUCAAUUGAACAACGGAAUGUUCAUGAUUCGCAAGUCAUUUUCGACCCCCUGCUGAGCCGCGGGCAUCUUCCUGCCUCACCCUCUCAGCAGACAGUCCCGCCAGCCUUUAUGGUAGCAGAACAGCAACCAAGUCUAAGCGCCGAUCCGAAUUCAAUUUUUUUAGACCUUCAAAAAAGCGAGCAUCUCUACUUGACGGUCUCUGAAGAAAGUAUUUCUCAAUUGCCCAUUUCUACGCCUCCUGCCCAGUCCCUCCUUCACGAGGUGUUCAUUACGCACGACCACCGAGCAGACGUCAACCUAUCUUCCAGUUCGACAAAUACUGCCGGGCAGCCAGAAGCGGAGAGCAACUUUUGUAUUCAUGAGGGGGCGACCGCGACAAAGUCGAGAACUCCAUCUGUACCAACCCAUGGACAGUCCUAUCCUACCCACGCGGCGUCAAGACCAAGCAACCAGCAAGAACCAAUUCAAGAGAAGAAAGGCUACAAAUUUGGAAAUAUCUCGCGAUCAAUUAUGGCCAACGGCAAAAAGAAGGCGGGGCGAUCAGAAAAGGACGGAUACAAAUUUGGUGAUUUUAGUCGCGGCCUAUUCGGAAAGUAGGUCCUUAUACAAUCCCUUGUCAAUACGCAAGGAUGAGGAUUGCGGUUCGUCCAAGCCUACUCAAUUAGUUCUCAGCCAUGCGUUGGUCUGAACACUGUUGCGACCUCAAUGCGAGGCUUGUAUACUCAGCGUUGCUACAAAUAUUCAAAAUACUAAUAUACAUCAUAGUC